AUGAGCCCCUCUUGUGGGGAUGUUCAGCUCUUGGAUCCGUGCUUGGCCUCUGUCCCGUUAAUGUUCAUCACCGUCGAAUACGACGAAGACCCAACCGAGCACCAUCCGAGCAUCCUCACAGCCCUUAUCUUGACGAAUCCUUCGAACAAGAUUGAAGUUUAUUGGGGAGCCUGGCCCAGAUCUUUGAAGGCACCACCGGUUUCAAGCUCUGCGGCUGAGAAAAUAUCUCCUUCGCAAGCUUCCUCCGUCCUUGCUCGGCCGAGAUCUUCAGCGGCGAUGGAAGCCCCGCUACCCUAG